AUGAGGUAUGUGUGGUGUAUUCUCCAGAUAUUAUCCCCACUGGGAGGUGUUUCAACAGCAGAUAUGGAUGAUGCACCACUGUUGCAAUUUGGAUCUUGUUACUGUUUCCAGAUGAAAGUACCCUACUGGGUUUGUUUUGUAUCAUAUGCUUUAGUACUUUUUGCUCUUACAAGUAGUGCUGAGCUGACCUUAAAUUCUUGUAGUUUUAUUUCUCCAUCGUACCCCCAUCCCCAACUUAAUACCUUUCCAUCUAGAUUUGGCUUUAGAGAUGUUCGUGAGAAGGAAUGUUACUUUGAGGGUAAGGUACCACCAAUUGUUGCUCAGUUUGCCAGCAAUUAUUACACAUUUACAGUGUUGGUAUUGCAGUGGAAGGUGCUUUCCCAAAGCGCUGUUGGGAUGAAAAGUCUUUCGCUACUUGGAACUGGCACAAGGGUGGUGUUCAAACCUCAAACCCAUGAAAGGGGUGAUGAUCGUUUGUUCUGUGCUAGCUUUGUUUACAUAAAAGCUAGUCUCGCUGAUACCAGGCUGGCAAAUACUAGUUUUACUGGUAAUAAUAUAAUAUGUCCACUCUGCAAAAUUUCUUCUUAUGUUGAAGAUCAGAAGGGCACUCUUUUUUCUCUACUUCAGUCACGCAUUUAUUGUCUGCGGUUGCGCGGACGCCCUGGCGUGAGGAAUAUACUUGUAGAAAUGUCAACAGUCGAGGCCACAAAUUAA